AUGUCCCAACACAACAAGCCUCCAUCUCCCAAGGUGCCCCCUUUCCCCCCUCAAGCUAUCCACUCGGACGACCGACGCGAUCAUGAUUCCACCGCAGAGGAUCUGAUAAACAUCGCCGCCACCCACAUCAUGCCUGUACCAGCUCCUAGCUCGAGUAAUUCCCCUCAAGAUAAGAGACACCAAGUGCAAGCAGAAUCAGAAGAAAGUCAGGUUGUCGCUCAUGCUAGAGAUGACAGGGAAGAAGAACCGAUCAUGGCCGGAACGCCGCUGGACGAGCUCAAGACUCCAACACUGGAAAGGCUAAAGCUGCUCGACCUUGAUCCAGAGACGCUGCAGCCUCCGACAAGUGGUAUUGAGCCUACUCACGUGGGCACCAUCCAGGAGGAUGACGCGGCCGGUGACGCGGACGACGAAGCCGCAGAUGAGUUGCCAACGUUGAGUGCGCCCGCUCGUCUCGGAUUGGGCACCUCUGCGCUCAUAUCUGCACUCCACGCCUUACCUUGGGACGACGAGGAAGACGAGGGAGAAUCGUCUUCCAACUCCAGCGACAUAGAAGCUCGAGACCGUAGAAGUCCCGAGGACUCAGUACCUGCACCGACCAAGCAGAAACAACAGCGUCCCAAGGCUCCUUCUCUUCAGUUUCCCUUCCGAGCUAACACCAUAGCUCGUAGAGCACGCUCUCCUGGUCUAGACGAACUGCAAUAUCAGUUUGCCAAGUCAGGUAGCUCGGGCCUACAAGCUCACGACAAUGACGUCCCUGACGUCCCACCUCCCAAAGGCGCCUUCUCUAGGAGACAGCGACAAGACGGUGAUCAGAGUUCAGAAAGUAGCAGUCUCACGGAUAACAGUUCUCGUCGUUUGGUCGCUAGACGUAUCGAGAAGGAAGAACACCUCGGUGCUGCUGAGGAACACGAGGAGAUACUUAGAACUUUGUCGGACGAAGAGUCCGACGACUCUCAGGAAGACGUCGCAAAGAAGCACACUCAGGGCAAGCUGCUCAGGAAUGACAACACGGAAGCUGCGUUGAGAGAGGAUCAGGACGAGGAGAUGUUGGAAGAGAGGAUGUCAGUCAAUCCCGGUGAGAAGAAACGAGUCAGAAAGGAGAGACUAGCGGAGAGACUACAAGAGGUCUUUGGAUUAGAGGAACGAGAGGAGGUCUUGGAGGAACUGCGAUGCUGGCUUCUGCGCAGCGUCAUGCUCAAAGGUUACAUGUACCUGACUCCAAGACAUAUAUGCUUUUUUGCCCAGAUGCCAAAUAAGGAAAAUGUCGUCGUCAAGACUGGGCCAUUGUACAAGAAAGCCACAAGAACCAAGCUCAACAGUCGUUUCUGGGUCACUCUCAAGAACGAUGUGCUGUCAUGGUAUGAGAGUACCUCGGACCCUUACUUUCCCAAAGGCAACGUCUCCCUGCAGUACGCGUUCGCUUGCGAACCUGUGGAUGACACCCGUUUCAAGCUCCGAACAAGUGAGAGAACCUACACAUUCUCAGCCGAAACGCAAGAUGGGCGAGAUGACUGGGUCAAGGCGAUCAAGCGAGUCAUGUUCAAGACUCAACACGAGGGUGAAAGCGUAAAGUUGAUUAUUCCCCUUGAGGUCGUCCUGGAAGUGGAGCGAAGUCCGAGCUUGGAAUUUGCGGAAACAAUAGAGAUCAAGUGCGUUGAUCUCGAAGACCAAAUGUCUGUCGACAGCUACUUCUUUGCUUCUUUUCACGAUCUUGACCAUACGAUCAAUGUCAUCCAACGAUUGCUGGAUGCACGACCACCAAUCGACUUUCCCCGGGUCGAUUCAGACCUUGUUGCUCGAGUGGCCGAAGCGGAAGCUGAGGAAAGGGCGAGGAGUGCAUCCGAUUCAUCAACCAAUCUCAGCAGUCUGGGCAGUUUACGGAAGCUUGGAUCGGUCUUGAAGCCUUUUGUUCGCAGUUCGGACAAGGUCAACGAAGUGGGCAACGAGUCACACAGUCGAUUGAGCUUGCCCAGUAUGCCUGGUCUUCCUCGCUUGUCAAUACCUUUCCGUCCAUUGGAGAUAUCAGACGAGGAUAUGUCGGAAGGUUAUCCGCCUCGUCAAUCUGGACCAGUCCCUGCCGGUCUGGGCGAAAGUCCCAGUGGCUGGGCCCCAAGUUGGGUGCGGAAGCCUACCGCUAAAUUAUUCGGCUCAUCUCCCUCUUCUCGAUCCUUUGGCAAGUCUCCAGAAAGCACAUCGACACUCACUACUUCCCCCGCUCGAAUGCGUUCCGGUGGAGGUAAGAAGCCAGUGGUGACAGAAGUCGUUGAGCCAGUCAUCCCUUUCAACAGGGAUUCCGAUGACAGUUGUUCAGAAGAAGACUCUACCUUCCGUGGUCAUGGAGGUUCCGGACGUCCGAGAAUGUCUUUCUCGUCGGACGCGUCCAUAGGGAGUCAGAUGGGCGACAGACCAAAAUCGGAUUAUUCCAUGAUGGAACAGAGCAUGACAGAAAAGAAGGAAACAGAUGAAACCCGUCGGAAGUUUCUUGAUGUUUUCUCACUCCCAGAUACAGAAGAGCUUCUUGAUCAUUUCCCGGGUUAUCUGUACCGAGUUCUACCAGUUUCGGGUCGUUUCUUCAUCUCCACCAACUACUUCUGUUUCCGUUCCUCUCAGCUUUUGUACAAGACCAAGAUGAUCAUACCCCUUCGUGACCUUUACGGUCUCAAAGCUCAGAAAGCAUUCCGCUUUGGCCAUUCGGGACUGAUUGUAAUCAUCAAAGGGCACGAAGAGCUAUUCCUAGAGUUCUCCUCUUCCUCGCGCCGCAAAGCCUGUAUCACACUUUUGGAAGAACGAAUGGAAGCUGUACGAUUGCAAACCGACCAAGGAGAGCCCGACGUUGCCAGGAUCCGCGCGCGUAUCAUGGAGGAUCUGGACGAGUCUGCUCCUUUCGAUCCGAGUAAUGCUGCCCGUCCUAGCUCUCCAAGUUCCUUGUUCGAAUCGACCGCUUCCACAUUGUUGGAGUUCAAGCCUGAAUCAAUGAGGAUUACUUGUCUCACUAUUGGGAGCCGAGGGGAUGUCCAGCCUUAUAUUGCGUUAUGCAAAGGGCUCCAGGCGGAAGGACAUACCACACGGAUUGCGUCACAUGGAGAGUACAAAGAAUGGGUCGAAGGCCAUGGUAUCGAAUUUGCUAGCGUAGGCGGCGAUCCAGCUGAACUAAUGCAGAUGUGUGUGGAUAAUGGGAUGUUCACAGUGUCCUUUCUCAAGGAGGGUCUACAAAAGUUUCGAGGUUGGCUUGAUGAUCUGCUCACAUCGUCUUGGAAAGCUUGUCAAGGAUCCGAUCUGCUCAUAGAGAGUCCCAGUGCCAUGGGGGGCAUCCAUAUUGCUGAGGCUCUUCGUAUUCCAUACUAUCGUGCCUUCACCAUGCCCUGGACUCGCACGAGAGCCUACCCGCAUGCAUUCGCAGUUCCCGAUCAUAAACGCGGUGGUAGUUACAACUACAUGACAUAUACCAUGUUUGAUCAGGUCUUUUGGCGUGCAAUCGCUUCACAGGUCAACAAGUGGAGGAAGAAUACUCUGUGUAUCGAAUCGACGACAUACGACAAGUUGGAGCAACACAAGGUUCCAUUCCUUUACAACUUUUCUCCGAGCGUCGUACCUCCACCUCUGGAUUGGACAGAAUGGAUCCAUGUCACCGGAUAUUGGUUCCUUGAGAAAGCCGAUGAGCACGCACAGAAGAAAGAAUGGUGUCCUCCUGAAAGAUUGCUUCAUUUCAUGGAAGAAGCGCGACAGGCCAAUAAGAAAGUGGUGUACAUUGGUUUUGGGUCCAUUGUCGUUUCCGAUCCAGAAGAAAUGACUCGUUGUGUCGUUGAUGCCGUUGUGGAGAGUGGAGUUUAUGCCAUUUUAUCCAAAGGUUGGUCAGACAGAGGGACGAAGGCGAAGGACACUGGGACUUCAGAAGGUGCAGAUGGGAUUCAAUACCCUGCAUCUAUCUUUGCGAUCGACUCCAUCGACCAUUCAUGGCUCUUCCCCAGAAUAGACGCAGCAUGUCAUCAUGGUGGUGCGGGUACCACAGGAGCAUCUCUCCGUGCGGGUAUCCCAACGAUCAUCAAACCUUUCUUUGGCGAUCAAUCUUUUUGGGCUGAACGGGUUGAAUCUCUCAAUGUCGGUUCGGCUGUACGGAAACUCACCUCUGAGACAUUGGCUUCAGCUUUGAGCAAAGCAACAACGGAUGAGAAACAAAUUGCCAAAGCCAAAGUGGUGGGUGAGAUGAUUAGGAGGGAGAAUGGUGUGACGAGAGCUAUAGAAGCUAUUUAUCGUGAUCUUGAAUACGCAAAGAGUCUCAUCAAGCCCCUUCCCGAAGCUCCCCGACGAGAUUCCAAAAGUAUUCUCCGUCCCUUGACCUCUCACACGCCCGAUUUGAAUUUAUUCCGAUCUCGUAGUAAAUCUCUAUCCAAAGCUAGUUCCCACAGUCCAGACUCUAUAGAAUUACUAGAUCAUCGUCCCACUUCCGUACGCACCAUGAGUCCCGUUAGCGAACGAGAUCAUUCGAGACAAAUAUCAGGCGGGACGCAACAUAGUAGUGAUAGUAGUUGGUCAGUCGUUAGUGACGGUAUAAGGUUUUAGUUGUCAAUAACAUAAUCAUAGUGAUGAUCCGUUUUCUUUCUCUGAAAGAUCAAUACAAGGUGAUUUUGUUUGUAGAUUUCUUAUUUGUUGUAAGAUUUUGUAGCAUCGGUUCUUGCACUACAUGCAUUGAUUUGGUAUCG